GUCUAGUGACUCGUCGCCCAGCAACCGUCCGGCAACGAAUUGAGCAGACCGUCGGAAUGUGGGGUCGCCGAUAGUUAGAAAUACAAUUCACGCAUGUAAAACAAUUAAUAAGUUCCACUCGUGAUCUUCUCCACCCGUUCUUGAUUCACCCGUCAGCAUGUCUUCUCCGUCUGUCCGGGUGGUGCCGCCCCGGGUGGAGUUCAGAGAGGUGCGGGUCGGGGAGGUGUACCGGACCACCGUCACGGUCACCAAUGUCGGCGGAGCCUCGAGAGACAUCGUGCUCCAGAAGCCUCCGUCCAAGCCGUUCAAGUUCACGUUCAACGCUCCGCCGUCCUCCGCCGUGGCCCCGGGCCUCUCUGUGGGCGGGUCGCUGACCUUCUCCCCGGAGCAGGCGGUGGAGGUUGCGGACAGCCUUGAGUUUCUCAUCGACCAUCUGACCACGGUGGAGGUCCAGCUGCGGGCGUACCCACCAGCCUGCAAACUGUUGGUGGAUUCCCUGGUGGAUUUUGGCUCGGUUACAGCAACCAGUCAGGUGAUCGUUAAACAGCUGCCUUUGACCAAUCAGGGAUCAGCACCAGGGCAGUACCAAGUGAAGUUCAACGGAGAUCCGUCAGUCAAACUGUCGCCCAGCCGCGGUACUGUAAUGCCAGGCGCCACCCAGUGGUUAACGGUGGAACUGAGCACGCACAUGCCGGGGCUUAGAGAGGAAAUGGCUCUAGUGAAGCUCCAGAGCAGCCCAGACCGGAGUCUGAGGAUCAGGGCUGAGGUGGUGGACCAAGCCCUCCAGAUAUACGACCUCCAGGGGUCUCCUCUGUCUUGCCUGUCGUUUGGACCGGUCUACAAUGGGACAUCCCGCGUGGAGAGAGUGGUUUUGAAGAACAACGGGCCGGCCACGUGCCACUGGCUGGGCUUCAUUCAGGACACCACGGAGGGAACCGAGCUGGCUACAGAGCUCUGGAAAAGCACGGAUGCAGCGCUGCUAGGGAGAAGGAGAGAGACCCUUAACAGCAAGACCCCCCACGUACCAGACCCGUCCCAGGUCGUCUGCUGCGUCCCCAAGCAGGGUCGAAUAGGACCCUACGAACACAUCACAGUGUCCGUACGCUUCAGUCCGUUGUGCAAGAGGCCUGUUGAAGACAGAAAGCGUUCCAGUUCUGCCGGUCCACAAGAAUACGCUGUCUUUCUGCUGUUUCAGCUGGUGGACACCAUGCACGGCUUCAUCCCCCUCAACGCGCCCACUGCUGGCCAGGGUGUGGAGCUGGCGGUGACGGGCUUGGGCCUUCCCGUGCGCCUGCUGCCCAAGCCGGGCGUAGACUUCCGUUUCCUGGGCUGCGCGAGGUGCCAGCGCUCGGACCUGCUGUGCCUGCUGCGCAACCUCUGCCCCCAGCUGCCCGUUCAUUUCCGCUUCCGCAAGGUGGCGCAGUUCAGGGCGGAGCCGGCCUCGGGGGUGGUGGCGCCGGGCCAGUGUCAGGAUGUGGUGCUUUCGUUCGCCCCCAGCCAACUUGGUAGUUUCCGUGUGCGCCAGAAGGUGGACGUGUUGGGUCAUGUGAUCGACCCACGGGCCGACGAUGCCGCGGAGCUCCGCCUCCGCCCGUUUCACACCCUAGUGCUGGACCUGUCCGGCAUUUGCCACGCCCAGACGACCUACCAAGAACCAAUGCUAAACCCUGGCAUUACUCCACAAGUGACCAACCCUAGUGGUCGACACCCCCACGUCCUCUCCACUGAGCUGGCACGCUGUGCUGGCAGGGUGUACACCGCGGUGCUCGGGGCGGCUACAACCCAUCUCCAUGCCCACCGCAAGGGGAGGAGCAAAAGCCUGGGGAAGGAGGAGUUUGUGGCGUUCCCUAACGAUCGUGCUGCCAGUAUCAGGCCUUCAUCUCCACACCGAGAGUACAGGACCAUCUUCACCGGCGUGAGGCGAUACCGGUACGUGGACCAAGACUAUACCUUCACAGUGGAAGAGGAGGAAGACAGGAAGAGACACCAGCAGGCCUACCUGGACUUCAUUGGCCAGCUCAGACAGAACCGCCUGCUGAAGGUCCAGGAGAGGCAGAGGAGAGAGGCAGUGGAAGAGGUGGACAUCGGGCUUGUACCGGCUCAGGGGCUGGUGCCACCCAGACUGCUCCUUACAGACCUUGAUUCCAACCAGAGCACAGUCGUCAAGCCACGCCCCCCUCGUAACCCUGGCGCCCUGCUGUCUGUCACCGGGCAGAGUGGCAGUUGCCAGGUGGCGGAGCGGACAAAUGCAGUUCCUUCAACCAGCCAGGAGGUGGCAGACUGUGGCAGGACUCUGUCUGCUGAGGAGCUCUAUCAAGUGGUCAUCAGCCCCCUGACGGUGGACUUCGGUGAGGUCUGCGUGCGCUCGGCCUGCCUGCACACCCUGACCAUGACCAACCGGCUGCCCGCCCACGUCUGGCUGCGGCUACGCGUGGACCCCCCCGAGCUCCAGGGCACCUCCCCGCUCUCCCACGUCCUGCCCCCCUGCUCGCACGCCACGCUGGCCCUGGUGUUCCAGAGCGCCACGCCCGGACCCUUCCACAGGUCGGUGUCCUACACGGUGAACAAGCACCACCUGGGCCAGGUGCAGGUCCAGGCCCGGGUGGUGGCCCCGGCGCUGGAGCUCUCCUCCACCCACCUGGUGCUGGGCUUCGCCCCCAACCCCGGGAACCAAUCGGGGUACAGGGGCGCCGUGACGCUCCGCAACCGUGGCAACCGCGCGGCCGACUUCACCUGGCUGCCGGUGGUCACGGAGAGAGGGCUGCUGUUCUCGGUGCGGCCGGCCACAGGCACGGUGGAGGCUGAGCGGGAGCUGGACUGCGAGGUGACCUGGGUCCCGUCCUUCUCCUCCCCCGCCGCGGGGGACUUUGACCUGCGUGUGCACGAGGGCGACACACAGCGCCUGCACUGCAUGGCCAAGGUGGGCUCCCCAAGGGUCCAGCUCUCAGAGAGCCUGGUGAAGCUAGGGUCCAUCCCCCUCAACAUGCACACUGUCAAGACCGUCUUCCUGCAUAACACCGGACACCACCCCGCCUACUUCCAGUUGCUAGACCCGUGUCCUCUCCCAGGUAUGGUGCUGAGCCCAUACGAGGGGGAGGUGCCGGUGGGGGGGCGGACCCCCCUGGAGGUCCACUUCCACCCAGAGGCUGUGUUGAGGUUCGACACCCGCAUCAAGAUCGCCCUGAGGAACAGGAAGUCCAUUGAGCUCAGGGUUGGGGGGUCGGUCGAGCCCCCGAAUAUUGACAUUAGCGUGGCUGAGUUCCAGUUUGGCGGCGUCCAUGUUGGCUCUGAGCACAAGGUUCCCUUCAGGCUAACAAACGGCUCCCCCGCCGCCGCCUCGGUCAAGUUCCACCUAUCAGAGUACUCCGACUUCACCCUGCGAGCUCCCUCCACAGGGUCCAGUCUGGGGCCAGGGGCCGAUACGGUGCACCUGGAGGGCCUUCAGGCGGUGGAGUGUGGCCUGGUGUUCUCCCCCACUCAGGUCGCCGGCUACGACUUCCUACUGCCGCUCACGGUCAACGGCGUGCGCUGGGUCUCCUGUCCCUCCGCUCCUGCCUCUCCUCCAAGGGUCUUCCACCUCCCCACGCCCCCCACCACCUCCUCCCACACCUCCCGCUCCCUGUCCGCCGGCCCCGGGGUCCUCACCUCCCGGCCCACGCCCGUCGUCAUGGAGACGGGGCCGCGGCGUGUGCGCGCCACAGCCCUGUGCGCCCCUUUGGAGGUGUCCCCCUCUAGCCUUGAGUUCCACCUGGAACCUUUGGCCUUGCAGUCUGUUGUGUACACACAGAGUGUGGAGCUGAGGGCCUGGCGUGGUCUGAGCUCCCUGGCUGUUGGCUGGGCGUUGGACUGCAGCGCUGUACCGCUGGGGCCCGACGGAGGCCCCCCUCUGCUUGAGGUCUGGCCCCGGGGGGGCAGCCUGGGGCCAGACCAGAGCGUCAGCCUGGCGGUUUCCGUGAGCGACCGGGCGGUCCGCGCAGUGGGCGGGCGAGUCACCCGGCUGUCCCUCCCUCUCUUCCUGGUGGGGGAGGGGGAGGAAGAGGGGGCUCACCCGUACAGAGAGCUCGUCGUCACGGUAACCACCCCCCGCCCCACCCUCACCUUCCUCCCCGCUCGUCUCCUCCUCGCCCCCGUGCCGCUGGACACCGUCGCCACGGCGACACUCACGAUCUGGGCCACAGGGUACCCCAGUGGGUGCAGUGUGACUGCUGAAGUGUGUGAGGUGGAUGGGAAGGAGGGCUCCAGAUCCUGUCUGUCUGUGGUCUUCCCCCAAGGGAGCACCUUCCCUGGGCCCGCACAAGACCAGCGCUCCACCCCUCUGACGUGCUGCGUCUCCUUCCGCUCCUCCGGGGCCCUGUCGGUGCGCUCCACGCUGGUCUUCUCCGACCACCUCGGCCACCGGUUCGAGGUGGAUGUGUGUGCUGCUGCUGACGGCUGCCUGCUGACCGUCUGGCCCUACGUGGCUCUUCACCGCUCCGACCAGCACAUAGUGCUCAGGGCCGGUGACCCGUCUGAUGCACGCUCAGGGGACGACAGCCAGGGGCCCGUGGAGGCGGUCCUUCAGCGCUUUCAAUCACAGAGUCCCACCUGCUGCCUCACUUCUGCCUCUUCCUCCUCCUUCGCUCCAUAUGGCACCCCCAACAGAACCUCCGUCUCAGACUCCCGCCCAGAGAGCCAGGCUGAGGGGGGAAGCAGCGACAGCAGGGUGCAGGAGGAAGGGUCUUCGGGUCGAGACCCCCCGAUCACAGGCGUGCUCCCUGAAUACCCGGGGCCCGGCUCUGAGGAGGGGCUCUGCUCCCCGGGGGUCCUGCUGGCCGCCCAGCGGUGGUUCACUCUGUUCGGCUGGCCCGAUGGGCCGCACCCCGUCACCAUACCGCACACACUGAGGAGGCUGUCGGCCAUGAUGGAGGCGGGAGGUUCCCGUGGACGGGGUUACCCUGUCAUCCAGAGUAAAGACUCCAGGUCUGUUGUGGACAUGCUCCGCCAUCUAAGCUCCACCCAGCCCCCCGGCAUACCCCUUGACCAAUCGCUGUCCAGGGACGUGGGCUCACGCACCAAUCAGCUGCUGGAACAGCACAGGGCCAUGCUGGCCUUCCUCCGGGAGAGAGGGGCGCUGUUGGCUCACAUCCGACCCGAGUACCUGUUGGACACACACGAGUUUAACCACUGGUGCUCUCUGCAGGUUGAAGAGAGUGAAAUAGACUACAGCAGGGUUGACUAUGAGUCCUUGAGCAAGCGUUCCUGGUUGGAUGUCCUGCUGCAGAUAUACAAGGUGCUGGUGCUGUGUCGUGUGUCGGGCGAUACCGAUGCGUUCCAGGCCCAGGAGGUCAUGGGUCAACGAGAGGUCAAGGGUCAUCGGGAGGUCAUAGGUCACCAGGCUCUGGGCAGCAACGUCUACUCCUCCUGGGAGCUCCACCUUCUGGCCUGGCUCAACACACACUACCAGGCCAUGAGGAGCAGCGUGUGGAGCACAGGUGAGCUCCCAGCAGCCCGCUGGAUCGUGAACUUUGACCUCAACUUGGCCGAUGGGCUGGUGCUGGCAGCACUGCUGGCCGCCUACUGUCCCCACAUGGUCAGCAGCCACUUCCACAGGAUGUACACACGGAGCAGCAGUCUGGAGCAGAUCCUCCACAACAACAUCAUCCUGGUGCAGGCCCUGUGCACGCUCUCGCUCAACAUAGACAUACAGCCUACGGACCUGUCGGACCCAAACCCCGUCCAGAUGUUGAUGCUGUGUGUCCACCUGUACGAACAUCUGCCUCGGCUCCGCCCUCUCCGAACCAUCACAUUCUCAGGAGAACUCCACAGCACUGUUACCAAGCAGGUGCGUCUCAAGAGCCCGUCUUCCAAGCCCCUGCAGUACCAGUGCUCUCUGCUGGGCUCGGACGCCCACUUCUUCUCUCUCCCAAGCGACUCUACUGUCACCAUUCCUCCUGGAGCCAGUGCUGAAGUCAGCGUCCACUUCUGCGGCAGCUCCCUGCGGCCAAUGGAGGCGCUCCUGCUGCUCACCUCCUGCUCUGCUAUUGGUCCACGCGGCGGCACUCUGGCCUUCGCCCUGAAGACCAAGCUCACCCACCUGAAGCCCACCAAGAUGGUCAGAUGCACGUCUCCCUGCUACCAGCUGAAACGCAUUCAGCUGCCAAUCACCAACCCCUUCCCCACAGACGCCUGCUUCAGAGUGCUGCUGAUGGAGGUCAGAUCUCCACCAGCGGAGCGUGACGAGAACACCAUCAGCCUCUUCCAGCAGGCCUCUGUAGACUGCAGUGUAUCGCCAGAGGAGUCAGACUCUGAAAGCAGAGGCACUGAGGCAGGGGAGUUCUUCAGCGCGGUGAAGAGCGUCUGUCUUAAGCCGGGCCAGGGGGACACGCUGGAGGUCAGCUUCCUGCCUCUGAGUCCUGGCCCCAAGCACUGCUCCCUGCUGCUGCUCUGCCCACACGUGGGAGAUAUGGUCUACAGUGUGAAGGCUGUGGCAGAGCUUCCUCUAUCGUGUCCUCUCACGGCCACGCCCACUGCUCACCUAGCCCCGCCCCCUGACACCCCUGACCGAGGAGAGCCGGCGCUGGGUCUGCGGUGCACGGCGGGGGAGGCGUGUGAGGUGACGCUGCUCGUGCCGCGGGUCAACCAGGCCCGCGAGACGGCCCUGGGCCUCUGGGCCCAGCACGGCAUGAGCCCCCACGAACGGAGGAGACGCCGGCUCACACACACCCUGGACGGCAGCAGUGUGAGGACAGCAGCCGCGCUAAGGAAAGCCACCGAGCAGCAGGCUGAUCGGAUCAGGGACGCGGCACACAGCGAGGGUCUGGAGUACAGCGUGGAGGUGUCCAUGCCCGACCACUUCCACCUCCCUCACACCGUUACCGUACCGCUGGGAGAGCACACCCUCGCAGAACGUGAACCAGAAUGGGAGUGUGUAAGAGUGCCGCUCGGCUUCCAGGCUGACGCCGCGGGCCGCUACAGGUGCCGGCUGGUGCUGAGGUCAUGGCUCGACACCAGAGUCUAUGAGCUGGACGUGCAGGUCACCGCACAGGGAGGACACGCCCACCUGGACUUCAGUUUGCCAGCUCACCAGUCAAUCACUCAAGGCAUCCCAUUGCACAACGAGACCAAACAGGCCUGGAGGUUGCGGGCUGUACUCAGUGGUUCUGGAUUCUGUGGCCCAGAGCGGCUUGACGUCCCAGCCGAGGAGAAGGCCUCCUACCCCCUGACCUUUAGACCUGCUGUGCAAUGCGUGGUCACGGGCAAGCUGUCGCUGUUGAACGAUUGUGACGACACGGAACACACGUUCACCCUCCGAGGAGUGGGACAGCGCCCCCUGCCGGUGGACCACGUGGUACUACACUGUCAAGUGGGGCAGGUCACCCGGACAGAGCUACGAGUCCCAAACUUCAGGCGGCACAAGAUCACCCUGCAGGUGGUCACCGACCUGGCCAUUGCGAGCGGCAGUAACUCCUUGGAGAUUAUGCCAUGUCGGACCGCCGCCUACACUCUGGCCAUGACCCCGUGGAAACGAGGACGGACCUCAGGGAGUGUGUCGUUCGUCGCGACGGAGAAAGGGGAGGAGCCAGUGAACAACCCCGGGGACGUCUUCAGACCCUACGAGGUGUAUUUCUCCUUAGAGAUAUCCAGCAAGCCCCCUUCUCCCCUGGACAUCCUGAAUAUACAGAGCUCUGUUCUGGGGUCCUCGAUGGUGGAGCUGGCGGUCCGUCACCCCGCUGGGGGGGAGGUGGAUGUGGCCCUGGAGGGGGAGGGGCUGAGUGGGGAGCAGCGGGCCACGCCCCCCCCGCAGGGAACCCUCCUCUACAGGGUGACCUUCACGCCGGUCCGAGAGGGACGCAUGACCGGCAGUGUGGUGUUUCAGUCAGAGUCUCUGGGCGAGUUGUGGUACCAGCUGGAGCUGGUCGCUGUGAGUCCCCCUCCUUCCACACUGCCCCCCCUACACUGUGAGGUUGGGAGGUGGGUCAGACAGACCAUCGUCCUGGCGAACCCCACAGCAGAGUCUCUGGAGCUGAAGGUCGCUAACAGCAACCCCAAGAACUACAAGCUGGAGACGGAUGGGAGACACACCAUCUUGGUUGCACCACAGUCGAGCAGCAUGCUGGGUGUCCGUUUCAGACCCUCCUACCUGGGAGACCACAGAGCGCGGAUCACCUUCAGCUGCCCCCAGAUAUCAGCGUGGUGUUUCUUGUUGAGUGGGUGUGGCUUCCAGCCGGUGAGCAUCUCCUCCGUGAUUGGUUCCCAUGCCUUGGUCAACAUUCCCUUCUCCAAUCCCACGGAGCACCCAGCCCUGCUCAGCAUAUCACUCACAGAUGAGGACCCGGGUGGGGCCACCAGCGGCCAAGCAGUUAAAAGAGACAAGCAGGUGUUCUGGGUCCCUCUCAGACGUACCCAAGGCUUGCGGGUCGGGGCCGGGGCCUGUUUGGACGUCCCGGUGGUGUUCGCCCCCGAGACCAUGAAACCGCAGCAGGCCUGGCUCUACAUCACCCUGCAGCCCCUCCUCCAGGACCCGGAGCCCAGCAAAGCGUCCCACCAGCCCGAAACCGACGGCACAAGGUGGGGGGAUGUUGAUGAAACCCAAACCCAAAUCAACCAAAGAUUAAUUUGGUUAUUUUACUCUUUAAAAGUCUUUGGCAUCAAAGGCAAAAGCUGA